AUGAAAGGUCAGAGCAAAAAGGCAAGAGUUACAAAUCCAAUUGCGGGUGGCAUGGACAAGGCACGGAGUCAGAGAGGCGAGGGGGGUCAAGAUAAGACUGAGGGGCAUAUUCGAAAAGGAUAUAGUUGGGCUGGAUGGGCUAAGGUGUUUGGUCUUGAUAAGAGGCAAGGAUGA